AUGAAAGGCCGACACAUGGUCUGGCAAAGGUUCAUUCUCGCUGCAGCCCUUGUAGCGAAUGCAGAGGUAUGUGAUGAGACCGAGCAUCAUUUGCACCUAGUGCAAAGGCAGCUGCACCUCCUCCGGGCUCCAAGCACGACACGCACCUGGGAGGAGGCGAAGGCUGCGGCCCAAAACGUUGUAAGCCAGCUGGCGGAUGAAGAGCUGUACAACCUGGUGCGCGGCAGCCACUUCGCAGUAACUGGCUCACCUGACCCUGGGUACUACGUCGGGAAUACACCGGCCAUCCCCCGAUUCCGGAUUCCGGCACUGAAGAUGCAAGACGCGGCGCAGGGCUUCCGCGAUACGGAGAUGGGCACUGGUGGCACCAGCACCUCCUUCCCGAGCAUGCUGGCUUUGGCUUCAACUUGGGAUGAAGACCUGGUUCGUUUAGUUGCCAGUGCCCUUGGCACAGAGUACAAGGGCAAGGGGGCCAACUGCAUCUUGGGGCCGUCUAUCAAUGUGCACCGCGCUGCGGCUGGCGGUCGAAACUUUGAGUACCUUUCAGGUGAGGAUGGUCAUCUUGGUGCAAAAUUGACGGCUGCAUAUGUCAGGGGCGUCCAAGACCAAGGCGUCAUUGCAACCGCAAAGCACUUUGCGUUCAACGAGCAGGAGACAAAUCGCAUGAGCAUGGAUGCCCGAGUCAAUGAACGAAUCCAGUGGGAGCUGUACUAUUUGCCAUUCAAGGCAGCAGCAGAGGCUGGCGCGGGUGCCGUGAUGUGUGCCUACAACAAGGUCAAUGGCACAUAUGCUUGCCACAAUUCUGAGAUGCUAAAGGCCGACUUGCGUGGCAAAAUGGGUUUCUCUGGGUUUGUCAUGUCUGACUGGACAGCAAUGCAUUCGAAGGAUGCUUUGCAAGCAGGACUAGAUCAAGAGCAGCCGGGGCCCAUCAAGAACGUGCCUGUGUUGGGUGUCUUCGGUGUGCUUGUAGACGACACGAUCAGGACUUUGGACAGGUCAACGGUCGAGACCGCCGCCUUGCAUGUCCUCACCACCAUCUUUCGCUUCCGGCUCGAUCAAGACAUGGGCUGCGCCCCUCCAAAUUGCACGCAGGAGCUUCAGUCUGACCAGACAAAAGCCACGACGCGCGGCGAGCGCCACGAGGACAUCGCUCUCCGGGCUGCUGGGUCGGCGAUUGUCCUUCUGAAGAAUGACCAGGAUCUCCUCCCCCUGAACAAAGCAGGGAUUGGCAGGAUUGCUGUUCUUGGCAAUGCUGCCUCAGACGAGACGCACCGUACGUUUGUGGGGAAAGGCUCCGGCUACGUCCAGCCCGACUCAUCUGCCAAGACGCCGCUUCAAGCCAUCGAGGCAAGAGCUGCCAAGGCAGGGAUUCAAGUCGUCAAGCCGGAGGGUGCUAGCAUCGAGGAGGCGGCCUCUCUGGCUCAGUCGGUUGAUGCCGUGGUCGUCGUCAUUGGCGCCGAUGCCACGGAGGGUGCCGACAGAAGCUCCCUGGGACUGGGGGAGGCCAACGAUGCCAUGAUCAAGGCGGUGUCCUCCGAAGCACCCACCAUUGUGCUGCUGCAGAUUCCGGGAGCCGUCCUCAUGCCCUGGCGCGGAGAGGUUGCGGCAGUUGCCACGCAGUUCAUGGGUGGUGUGGCGACGGGUGCUGCCUGGGCCAACUUCCUCUUCGGGGACGUGGCCCCGCGUGGGAAGCUUCCGAUCAUGAUGCCGGAGACGAGCGCAGAUGUCAUCCCCGUCGGUCUGGAUCCUGAAGUGGUGUACUCCGAGGGCCUGCUUACAUCCUACAGGUCUCCGGUCCUUCGAGCGGCAUUUCCUUUUGGUCACGGCUUGGCCUUCACUACCUUUGAGUAUUCAGGGGCGGACCGGCUAGAGACGGACUGUCCUGCGGCAGUCUGUGUGUCACUCCUGGUGAAGAAUGUCGGGCAGCAGCCUGGUGAAGAGGUUGUUCAAGCCUACAUCCACUUCCCGGAGCCCACUGGAGGAGAUGAAGCCUGGAUUCGAGGAACCCCUGAGAUCAUGCUGAAAGCUUUCCAGCGGACGAAGGUCCUGCAGCCAGGUGAUUCCCAAACACUCCGCUUCGACUUCGCGAACAGCGACCUGCAGCUCUUCGCCUCUGGGCGUGGGUGGGUGCCGCAGAGCAAGAUCGAAGUCCGCCUCGGAGCAUCCAGCAAAGACAUCCGUCAGACGAUCUCGGCAGACAUCUCGAUCGAAGCCCUCAGCCCCUUGACUUUCAAUGCCCCGCCCCACCUAGUGCAAGGGCCAGACGCUGCCGAGCCAAAGCCGAAGUGGAAGCCGGUGGCAAAUCAACGUGUAGAAACAGGCCGCCCAAAGCGAGACGUGCAAUGCACUUUCCUAGCUGACCAGACGUGUUGCACACAUGCUCCACUUGUGGCCGCCACGAGACGUGAUGGCCAGAGGGAUAGCACUCAGCCAAGCGUCGGCCUCUACCGACCUGGACUCGACUGUCCAUACAAGGAAACUGUCCGUGAGUCCCACGUCGCGUACAGUUUGAAGCCGAAAACCAGGCGGCAUAGUGAAUGGAGCUUGCUUCGAGUGCUGGUAUGUGCCAGCCCCACAUGGUGGACAAAGAGCCCCAGAUCGCAGCAUGAUGCUCUGCUUUGCUGGGAGGAGUUAGUCGUCUCGGAGCAUCCGAAGUUCUGCGGCUUCAUGCACGAAAGCGGAGUGUUGCGACGAACGCAGCUCCAGACUUCAGUCCCGCAGAGGUACGGCCAGCUUCGCCGUCGUCCACUGGCCGCCUUCAGGCCGGUGCUGCGUCGCAUGCAGAAUCGUACCGGCGAGGGCCCGGUCGUCACUUUGCCGGCUGUCAAUCGAACUCUUUCUUGCCAGCUGAACCUUACGGACCAGAAUGUGACGGAUGCUUGGACUUUUACGGUGCAUGAGCGGUCGGACUUGGGAUUGCACAAGCAGGACCUGUCGGGAUUCCGACGCAAGGCUGGAUUCAGUGCUGUGAUGCAAGGAGUGGUGGACCUGUCGCAAAACCAGUUCACCCACGAGGCGCUCCACUACAUCCUGCCCUGCGCAAGAAUUCCAGGACUGGAGAUCCUGAAGCUGCACAAGAAUCUAAUCGGAGACCUCGGUGCGGAUCAGCUCGCAGACUUCUGCAAACAAAGAGAGUUGCAUCUGUCUCACAACCGAUUCACUGCGCACGGGGCCGUGAUCAUUGUCCACGCCGCGGAACGCUCCAGGUGGCUGAUGCACUGCAGCAAACGCUCAGUGUUUGCUUUCGCGUCGACAGGCGGUGGGAAGUCAGCUUAUGGUGAACCUGGCGAUUCGAGCUGCGUAGCUGCUGUUCCAAGCAAGCGACUGUUGCAAUGCUCUUGGGAGGGUGUGGUGGCCGCCGUGACAAUGCCAGAUGAUGUCAGCGAGAACUCCAUGACAUGCUUUCCAGCCGGACCGAUGGUUGUGGCGCCGCCCGGUGCCGACAAUCUUUCCAACUGGUGCCAGACGGCUUGGGAUGCAGGCAAUCCAUGCAAGCGCAGCAAUACAAAGACCAAUGAAGAGCAGGCUUUGGUCCGCAUUUCUCAUGCAUGCCUUUGUUCCCCGAAGCUCGAAAAACACAUAAUGUACUUACUAUCGAGAUUAUUACUCUUAUCAUCAUUAUCAUCAUCAUUAUUAUUAUUUCUUGUCAGCGUCUUGAAAGACAGCCAGUUGCCUUGCGCCCCGAGGCUUGCCCAAAGAGUCUUCUCAAGCCCUUUUUUGCGUCGGUGGCAGGCCUUCCGUGUGCCGGUAGCCUGA